AUGGCCCAACCAGUACCACCCUCGAAUACCAGCGCCCUACCGCCACCGCGCGAGUUGCUGCCAGCGACAACAAACCCACACCUCCUCGCGAUGGGAAGUUUAUCGCUCUACAACUCCAUUCUGCUCCUCACGUCUGCCGCACUCUUACAACACUUUAUCGUCUUCGGGCUUGGCGCACUCCUGCGAGGAUUUUCACGAAACCGCUUGUUGGACUUGYAUUACAUUACCUUUUUGUUCGCCCUCAGUCUCGCGGUCGGACCAGCAGUCUUUCUGUUGGAUCUGAAACUUGAUCAAAUCAAGGUGCUGUUCUUCAUACAGCAUUUUGCCAUCGAAGCAAUGAUCUGCACGCGUGUCCUAUUACCGACGCAAUUGGUGAAAACUCGAAGCGGCCCGAUCCUCUUCGCAUUGUGGACGGCACUGUUCUGCAUCACGGCUGUGGUCGUGUUGGAUCAAUUCCAUCACAAGUCUGCGAUGAUAGUGGUGUUCUUAUCACCCAUCAGCGACGCGUCAACGGCAGUGUCGGGGCUUGWCCUGGUCUUGAGAUGGAUGCGAUCAACGAACAAAUCUGCUUUUGGGCGGGAGAGAAUCAGGGUGGAGGGACUCGCGGGCAUUGGAUUCAUGGUGCAUGGUAUAGUGACUGUGUGUAUAGCACCCAUCUUCACCUGCGUCAUUUAUGCCAAGCUGCAUCCGGAUUGGUACGCUUACGCGUGGGCGAUGGUGUGGUCGUCAGCGUACUUUACAAUAGGUUUCUGCAUUCCCGCCGUGGGAUUUUGGUUCUCGAACUUGAACUGGUGCUGCGGACGGCGGCGGAGAGUUUUACCUGGAGAAGCAGGAUGGCAGGACGCUUGGGCGGUAGAGGAUGGAGGAAGAUCUGCCAGACGAAGCGCAAGUCAUUCGCCGGCGAUGGCCUGCGAUGAGGCCCUGGAGUUCAAGGAGCCCUUCCACUGA